AUGGCUUUCGUUUCCGGCUCUGAGUACGACUUCAUCAUUGUCGGUGGUGGUACCGCUGGCAAUGCAAUUGCCGGUCGCCUUGCUGAGAACCCCACCGUUCGCAUUCUGGUUGUCGAAGCUGGCGUCCCCAACCCUGAUCAGAUCGAACAAAUCACCACCCCGUCAAAAGCUUUCACCCUUCGCGGAAGCAAGUACGACUGGUCUUACAAGACGACCAUGAUCAAGCGGGAGGACUACGAGUGUGUUGAAAAGCCCAACACCCGCGGAAAGGCUCUUGGUGGCAGUUCUUGCGCCAACUAUUUCACCUGGAUUCCUCGCUCGAAGCCUACCUUUGACGACUGGGAGGCCUUUGGUGGACGCGACUGGAAUUGGGACUCCUGUGUGGAGUACCUCCGCAAAUGCGCCACAUACCAUGACGACGAGGAGCUGUAUCCGGUCGAACUAAGCAAGCUUGGAACCGGUGGCCCUGUGCAGAUCUCCCAUAUUGGUGCCGGAGAUGAAGCAGUUCCGUGA